GACCGAACAGCAACCUCUGUUACUUUGGAGUGGUUUCCACCAAUUGACAGGCACUUCUUUGAAAGAAGUGGGACCACCAUGUGACCUGUGUGGGGAAGAACGGAUUUUGGUGCAAUAUGCUUUUCGUGCCUCUUCACCGAUGCCGUGUGACCCGUCAGGCCACUGGAGCCCCCGAGGAGCUGAAGGGCACCCAGACGUAGAACAGCCAUGUAAACCCGAUGUUCGGACAUGGACUCCCAACUCGGCUGUCAUCAAGCAAACUGUCCCACCAGCAUGUCCCGAACCUCAAGGAUGCUAUCUUGAGCUUGAGUUCCAGUAUCCAGUGAUCCCAGAUUCUCUGACCAUCUGGGUGACUUACGUUUCCCCCGAGUGGGAUUCCAAAGAAGCAGUAAAUGAUAUCAAAUUGUUGAUGGUCAACGGACAAAAUAUUUCACUUGGGCCUCAGAACUUCUUCUGUGAUGUCCCCAUGACCAUCCGACUGGAUGUUGAGAAGAUGAAUGAGGAAGUCUACGGCAUACAGAUUUACACCCUGGAUGAGCAACUGGAGAUCGAUGCUGCUAUGAUCAGUUCAGUCCCACAGAGCACCCAGUGUACAAAUUGCCAGCCCAUCCAGUACAAAGUAUCUCGGGAUCCUCCCUUUCAGAAAGGUCCUUCAUUCCUCAUCUUGGACCUCAGCCGGAAAUUUGUGGACACUGAGCUGAAGGAUGGCACGUCAUACCAUUACUGGGUUUCUGUUCUUUCUGGGGAAGAAGAAAGUGAGCCUUCUCCCUCUCUGUCAUACACCCAUGGAAAAGGCUACUGUGGUGAUGGGAUUAUUCAGAAAGACCUUGGGGAAGAGUGUGAUGAUAUGAACAAAGUGAAUCGUGAUGGUUGCUCCCUCUUUUGCCAGCAGGAAUUAUCUUUCAACUGUGUAGAUGAACCGAGCCGUUGCUACUUCCAUGACGGGGAUGGUGUGUGCGAAGAGUUUGAGCAGACAACAAGCAUCAUGGACUGUGGGAUCUACACACCCAAAGGGUUCCUGGACCAGUGGGCAUCCAACGUAUCAGUUUCACACUAUAACGAGAAAUGCCCAGCAACGGUGGUUGCAGGUCAGCCAGCAGCAAAUCAAAUGUGCCGGACCAAGGAGUACGACUUCAGUGAUGCCAUGACCCAAUACGCGUGGUACCCCUGCACUGCCAACCACACUCACACUGUUUUCUGGCUAAAGGCUUUUUAUUCCCAACCCAUGGUGGCUGCUGCAGUGAUCAUCCACUUGGUAACUGAUGGGACAUGGUUGCAGAUGGACCUCGAUCAGAAACAAGAGUCCAUUUUUGUGCAGCUGGUAGACACUAAAAACCAAAGUCAUGAUCUCGGGGAGCAUGGUUUGAGCUGCCGAAAGAAUCCUUUGAUUGUCCCUGUUGUCCAUGACCUUAGCCAGCAUUUCUACCACACCCAGGCAAUUCUCAUCACCUUCAGAUCUCAGUAUGUGGCUAUCUCUGGGGUGGCCUUGCGCUCCUUCCACAAUUUUGACCCCAUCACCGUCAGCAGCUGCCAGAGUGGACAGACCUAUAGCCUGGCUGAACAGAGCUGUGUACAGCACUCUUGCAAGACCAUGGACUGCCAAGAGCUGGAAAUUGAGAAUGCCAUGCUGAUUUUCACCGGUGGGGAGCACUACAAUGGUGCCCAGUGUAACGUUACCUGUCAAACAGGUUAUGUCCUCCAGAUUCACAGAAAUGACGAUCUACCCCAGAGCCAGUGGGAGCCGAGCACCACCAUGACAUGCAUAGAUGGGAAGUGGAACAAGCAAGUCUCCUGUGAGCCCAUUGACUGCAGAAUUCCAGACCAGUAUCAUGUUUACCCAGCCACUUUUAACUGCAGUGAGGGGACCACCUUUGGCAAGAAAUGCUCUUUUACCUGCAAUCCUCCUGCCCAGCUGAAAGGAAGCAAUAACAAUUUGACAUGCUUGGAAGAUGGGCUGUGGUCCUUCCCGGAAGCUCUUUGUGAGCUGAUGUGCAGGGCACCCCCUUUGAUUCCCAACGCUGACCUCCAAACUGCCCGCUGCCGUGACGAGAAACAUAAAGUGGGAUCCUUCUGCAAGUAUAAAUGCAAACCAGGCUAUCACGUCCCAGGACCUUCACAGAAAGCAAGAAAGAGAACGUUUAAGAUUCAGUGUGCCCAAGACGGAACUUGGCUGGAAGGAGCUUGCAUUUCGGUGACCUGUGACCCGCCACCCUCCAAGUUCCAUGGGUUGUACCACUGCACCAACGGUUUCCAGUUCAACAGCGUGUGUCAGAUUAAGUGCAAAGAGGAUGACCCUCAAUCCGGCCAGGGGAAUAACGUGAUUCGCUGCCGAAAGGAUGGGAAUUGGAGUGGAUCCUUCCACCUCUGCCCGGAGAUGCAAGGACACUGUUCCCCACCCACCCAGCUGAGUGGUGGCCUGAAGCUACAGUGUCCAGAUGGCUACGGAAUAGGAGCUGAAUGCACCAUCUUAUGCCCAGAACAUCACACCGAGCCCAUUCUGUUACGUGCCAACGAAACAUUACAGGACAUCCAACACUGGAUGAAACCUCCACGAGUGAAGAACGUUGUCUGCACGGGUGAACUUAAGUGGUAUCCGCACCCUGCAUUGACCCACUGCAUCAAAGGUUGCGAGCCCUUUGGGGAAGACAACUACUGUGAUGCAAUCAACAACCGAGCCUUCUGCAACUAUGAUGAUGGAGAUUGUUGUGUCUCAACAGUGAAGACUAAAAAGGUCAUCCCCUUCCCCAUGUCUUGUGACCUGCAGGGAGAAUGUGCUUGUUUAGAUCCCAAUGCUCAAGAGCACAAUCAGCGGGACCAUCGUGGCUUCAGUUUUGCAUAAUGCCAAGUGCUAAGGCACAGAAGAGAGAGAGAGACCGAGAUCCCCGCCAGUAGCAGGCAAGGAACCACACCAUUACACCUCUCAUUUUCAGUAACGUUUCUACCAAGCAGCUCAGACUCACUCCAUGGCAUUUCUGCACCAGGGACAUUUAGACUGCAACUGGUCUGCCUUUAAUUUUCUUUGCCCAAGGAGAACUGAACUCUGGCAGAGGGAAAGGGUGGUGAGCAGGAUAUUGUAUUAAUUGUAUCUUACUAGCGAGAACAAGCAAAACAACAAGCGCAUUGCAAUGGACUUUUCAGGGCGGGUUGGGGGGAAAGAAGCAAGCAUGUGUUACUCAAUACUGCAUCCAUCUUGUAUGAACUAUGUAUGGUUUUAGAUUUGGGUUUGUACAUCUUUGGGGUUAAGUUUUGUUUUUUCUUUCUGGAUCCAGAUUACGGCAAGAAACAAGCCAUAUAUAAAUGUAUACCUAAUAUAGAGAGAAACUAGGGGAGGGAGGGAAGAGAGGAAGAAAGACCACGAGAGAAGGUACGUCACAGUAAUAGAAGGGAGCUCAACUUUGGUUCUCUCAGCAAAUUUUCACAGCCCUCAAGCCUUUUUUUCCAGAAAAGACACGACCUCUUUGGCUGAACCAGGCUUUCCUUGGUGCUGAACGUGCCACCGGAGAGCAACGAGACACAUUCUCAAGAUGUUGCCAGCUCUUGUGGAGGACACACCUGUGGUAAGAGGCUGAGAGCCAAGAGGGCGGAAGCUGCUACGUGCUCUGCAUUGCUGCCAGGGAACCUGGGAGAAGGUGAAGAGGACAAAGAGGGUCAACCAAAUCUCCAUUCCGCUGUGCUGCUAAUUCUGCUGCUGCUAGAUUCUCAGACAACCGAAUUCCCUUCCCGUAUCAGGAACAGGGUGAUGUUCAACCUUCUAAACAACCAAACAGUCUGCCUUAAAAUUGCUUUAUCUACUGCCUGCCUUUCCAAAUCCUCCUUGGCUUUUCUUCCUCCCCUUCCAGCACUCCAAGGGUGUGUGAGGGUCACUGGUGAAGAAAAUGGGACACCACCCAACCUGAAGAGCCUCCAUUCCCUGUAGCAAAGCUUCAGUAGACAAGAAUGCCAAGGGAUGCUCACCCAACCUAUUCCUACUAGGUGACUGACAGGUCCUCCUGCCUGUUUCUGGGCCCAUGUUUCAUCUAUUUAGACUCUUUCCUCUCUUUUGCUAUAAAAAUAAAAUUUAAAAAAGUCCCUGAGACAGAAAUAUAAGUGACAGAUGGAGGGAAGGAUCAUUCCCAAAGAGAAAUGACUUUUUGCCAACCUUCAAGUUGAAUGAAUCAACUUGUCAGUAUUAGUAUUAACCUUUCAUGGAAGUUUCCAUUUUGCAAAAGAAGGGGGGUUGAAUGCAACCACCUUUGCUGUCUAACUGCUUCCACUUUGUCCUCUUUGGGGUCAGUCUCGGAGGGCUGAGUCACCAUUCUCCCACCACCAUCAUCCUCUGCUGCUGCUGGAGCAUCACGUUCUGUACACAGAAGCCUAGUCUCCUUCAACUUGGGUGUCCUUCCUCUGCAGGGAAUCUGGAAGGUGACCACAAUUCCCCUUGGCUGUGGCCAGAAGAAGAAACGCCAAGCCUGCAGUGGCCCAGGCAUGGAACAGGAGGCACAAUUUAGCACAUUGUUACUUGGUGUAUUAGUUUGUUGUUUUUACACAGAAUGGCUCCAUUGCAGUGUCUGGAUACCAUUAGGGUGAGAGCAAACCACAGCCUUGGAGCUCCAGAUGACAGAGCAAAUUGGCUUCCCUUUCUCUGCCUGAUCUCUGAGCAUUUAAUCCCUGGGAGGAAAGAGAGAAUGAGGAUGAGUUGAGUUUGAGGAAAGAGAGUGAGUCCUUGGAAAUCACUCAUGUUAAAGUGCCCUUUGCAGUUUGGGGUUGAGAUGCCUUUUACGUUGCUAACAUAAAAUCCUGGAGAUCUUUGCAUCCCAGACUUUAACAACCACCUCGUUAGACCCCAUCCUUCCUGACUGCCAGCACAUUGCCUGAGAUUGAUGGAAUUUGGAGCCCAAUAAUUUCUGGAAAGACGCAAUUGGUCUACCACUAUUUUUACUGGUUGAGCGGGUCUUCUCUCACCACUAACGGGUUUGGGGCAUUCUGCUUCUGGGUGGGACAAGAACUUGAACAACGGCCCUUUGUUCAAGAACUUGUAGCAUAACGUACCUAUCCUCUGAUAUUCCCAGAAUUUUUUGAGAAAGGGCAUAGUGUGAUUUUGGAGAACCUUUAGGAGUGUUUAGGUUAAAUUAAGAGCUGAGAUGCUACGGGGAGAAAAAGAUUCAGCUUUUUCUACCCCAAUCUUUCCUCAUCUUUGGAUGGGGGAUUUUGUCCCUCCUGGCAAGUGGCCUCUAAAACCAUUUCAUCCAAAUAAGGAUUAAUUCCACAGGGGUUUUUCCCCUUGCAUGAAGGAAAAGUUUUAUCCCCCCUCCCUUAAUUCUAUGGAAGAAAGUAGGUUGUGCACAAUGGAGAGCACUGUUUAACCCUGUGAAUCAAUAGUUAAACCAGCCAGGACCAGAGAAGUGAGUUAUGCCAUGCAGAAGUUUAGGGCCUAGGUUUCUCAUGACCUGCUACAAAUCAAUUGCUCAAGUAAGUGUAAACCCUGCUUGUAAGGCAGCUUGGACAGUGGCCCUAGGGAGAUAGAUUUUCUAGGUCCAACAAUAACAUCUGCAUAUAGUUAUUCUAUUUCUAAUGCCCAAAUGAGAUUUUUGCAGGAUGUUAUGCAUUAGAUGGUAAAAUAAUGGUGGGCUUUGGGUAUUUUGUUUUGCAUUACUAGUAGCUCCUGGAAGGAUUAGAGAUCUAGAUCCCCUUUGUCCACUGCUAAAAUAAGGCAGGACGUGGUGUGGGCAUAAAGGACGUUCUGAAAUUCUUUCCUCAUUUCCUUCCUUUUCGUCCUUGCCAAAUGGAUCAGGUUGGGGGGUUGCCUUUCCUCUCCAUGCCCCCCACCACCACCCUUUCAAAAGAAACAGAAACGAGAACUGUUGCUGCAAAGAGGUCUGUUUCAGUCUUGGAGGAUCCUUUGGAAGCAGGCCUCAGCUACCUCUGUUGUGGUGUCAUUUGGUUGUAACUCUUGGUUUACUUUAGGUUUUACCUGUGUUUCGUUUUUGUCUGUAAGGAAGAAAGAAGAAGGGGAGAAGGUUUAAGGUGGCGCUUCAGCCUUUUUGCUUUGCCUACAAAUUGCUGCAACCGAUUGGAGGGGCAGCUGAGGGGGAGAAAAAUAUCCAUCAGUGUUUACCCAGACAGAAAUAUGUUGGUGCUAGGGCAAAAUGUGAUCGGAUCUGGUGUGUGUUUUAAAUGAAACAUUCAUUUCUGACAGUCCAACAGAGCAAGGAUGGAGAACCUGAGUCCCUCCAGAUGUUGCUCACCUACAGCUACCAGCAUCCCUUAUCACUGACCACAGCUGCUCAGAGUUGAGGUCCAGCACCAUCUGCAAGGCUCUUCAGUUUUCCUGUGUAUCUGGAUAGAAGUAGAUAGCAUUGAGUUAAAACAGAGCUGACUUCCGAGUAAGUGGCUCAAAGCUUUAUGGCCUGAAAAGUGCAGCACUCUCUAAAAGAACACAAGUUUUACAGUGUGAUGGAAGCUGUGCAUUGCACACCCCAGAGAAGUUACGGAAGCAACUCUGAGAAGAUGAGGAAUAUACAACCCACGGUUUAAUUUCUUUCCUUCCUUGCAUUGUUGGUUAGAUAAUAGGGUUACCUUAUCAGUUGGCAUCCUGUCUCUUGUGUAUAUGGGUGGAAGGGAUGCCUUUUAAAAUAUUUGCAUGCUUGUAGGUUCUCCCCAACCCCUAUCCCGUGUUUGUUAUUAGACUGUAUAUAAUAUAUGUUUAUCAGUAUUUCACAGCUUGCCCAACUGCACAGGUAAAAUUAAAAAAAAAACACAACUUUUUUUAAACAACGAAGCAUACAAAGAUCACACCACUGUCAUUGUUACCCAAGAUUUAAUGAUUCCCUUCAUUCUUAGGGGAAACUCUUCAUUUGCUUUAUUCUGCUAGAACAAAAGUCAAAGUUAUGGGGUUAGCAGAAAGGUUAGAUAACAACAGAUAGGAGGUAUAGAAGUGUCAAGCCACUCUCUUUCCCUUGAGGACUACAGGAUUUAUUUUUUACAUUUAAAUCCUGGGCCAGAUGCUAAUAAUCUGUGUUGCUCCCUCAAAUGACCAUCCUCUGCCAUUGCCAUAAGUCAGAACCCUAGAAGCACUUCUGAUUCCCAAAUAGCUCAUAUUUAGGCUGCUGUAGCCUCUUAUCUAGCAGACUAAGUUGGGACAGUUCUUACUUCCUCCAGAAGGUGGGACAACAGGUGUCCAGACUGGAUGCCAUCUCUGUGAUCAAACCUGAGCAGGAUUAGAUCCAGUUUAAUCAUGCUUGAACUCUGCAAACUCAGAUGGUUCUCCUUGGCCAACCUUUCCAAUCUGGGUUCCCCAUCCGAUGUGUGAACUUCAGUUGCCAGAAUUUCUCAGGCAGCAGGACCAUUGCUCAGAAUUCCUGCAGCUGAAAUCCACACAGCUGGAGAGGGGGAAAGCCACAUCUUUUUAGUUUUCACAGGUCUGAGGAAACAAUGCCUACCAUUGUUGCCUGUGGGAUCAAGAGCCAGUGUGCCUUAGACUCUGAAAAAGUCAGCUAACCACAUGUUCCAAAGUUUAGAGGAUUUGGACAUGGGAUUGUGUAAAGGUAGGCCUCCAAUCCAAUUGGACAAGGGCUUCAAAUCUUCUCCGGUAAUGAUGAUGGCACAACAUCAACUACUACAACUGAAACAAUUUGUAAGAUAAGAGCCAGAUGCCUAACAGACAUAGCCCCGGCAGAAAGUGAAGGAUCAUAGCUGUGUGUGCUAAAGGAGAAAAAGCCAAGCGAAAUAGAAAUAGAGCAAUCAAUUUACUCUUUUUAAGCCAGUAGAAAAUCUCCCCCAACUGGUACUUUGGAAUAUAGUUCCUGUCAGCCUUUGUCACUGGGCAUGCUCAUCACUGGGCAUGAUCACCGAUGAGAAGUAGAGCCCAAGACAUCUGGGGAUCUGUCAUCUACCCAGAGAAGUGGGUUAGGAGGCUCUCAUCUAGCCUUGUGGCUGGGAACCAGCAUCUGGAAGCUGAGUAAAAGGGUCAGUGUUACAUAGGACCAACUCAAAGAGUCAGCGAGCCUUGUCAGUGUCAUCAUCGAAGGCAUCUUAAUCAUGAAAAGCAUCUUAUUUCCAACCAAAGUUAAUUCAGCCACUCCAAUGUUAUGGCUGCAGAACAUGACUCGGCUUUGGAGCAGAAAACAGAGAGGUUAAGUCUGGGUCAAACUCAAGCUAGGAAGUGAAGGGGAAAAGCAUCCAAGGGUCUGCUUGGUCAAUGCUUUCAUGCCCCUCUGGACGUGUGACCAUUCCCUGCAAACAGAACUAUCACACAGUUGGCUGUGGCUAACAAUGCACAAUCUGGAUACGUUUUCCCUCCCGACAUACCCUGCAAAGAGUAAAGGUGCCAAUGAGAGCUUUUUCACUAUUUUUUUUCCCCCCACUAGAAGGACAUAAACUGUGGCAGGAAAGAAUGAGGCUACUUUUCCCUUCCCACGUACCCUGUGCAUAGCUAUGUCGGCCAGCUUUCUCGGAGGCCAACGAGGGAAGUUUCCUGACCACCGUUUUCAUCAGAAGGUCAAUUAGAUCUCCAGCCAGGGCUGUUGGCUGUCAAUACAUUUUUCACCUUGUCUUCUUGCCCAGUUGGGGCCGGUCAGAGCACUUUCAGCAUGACCCCUGCUGUUGCUGAAAACGGGGGCCGUGGGUUCAUAAGGAUGGCAUUUUUCACCAGCAAUUAAGAGGCGAACGAGGAGAAAUGGGAAACCGUUUGUACUGAGCGCCCAGGAUGUUCUUUGACACCCGUUACGGGAGGGACAUUGGGCUUCUCUUAGAACACACACAAAGGGGACUGGAGGGGAAAGGAAGACCUCGAUUUUAUUGACUUUUGGGCUGCUGCUAACUUCAAGGAAAGCAGGUUAGG